AUGGCUGCCUCUGAUACGGAAGCGAUCCUAGAGGAACUUCUCGGUGUUGAACUUGAGCUUCAAGAUGUCCAAGAUCAAUUAAAUGUAUUAUUGGGACGACAAGAUAAGUUAUAUGAAAGACAAUCUGAACUGAAAUCCUUGUUGGAAAGUUCCAAAUCAUCAGGAAGCCCUGGUAGUGAUGGCACACCUGCUUCCUCAGAGAACUGGUCAGGGAACUUUGAGUGGGAUUCUCAAGCUGAUGAUAUUCGGUUCAAUGUUUUCGGAAUACCUACAUAUCGAGCAAAUCAGCGAGAGAUAAUAAAUGCAGUCAUGAGUGGAAGAGAUGUCCUGGUAAUUAUGGCUGCUGGAGGAGGAAAGAGUCUUUGUUAUCAGCUGCCUGCUGUUCUUAGAAAUGGGGUUUCUCUGGUCGUCAGUCCUUUGCUUUCUCUUAUACAAGAUCAGGUAAUGGGCUUGGCCGCUUUGGGCAUACCAGCAUUUAUGUUAACAUCAACUACUAACAAGGAAGAUGAGAAGUUCAUAUACAAGGCUCUUGAAAAGGGUGAUGGAGAACUCAAAAUUCUUUAUGUUACUCCAGAGAAGAUAUCAAAGAGCAAAAGAUUCAUGUCAAAACUUGAAAAAUGUCAUCGUGCUGGCCGUCUCUCUCUAAUUUCUGUUGAUGAAGCACACUGCUGUAGUCAAUGGGGCCAUGAUUUUCGUCCAGAUUACAAAAACCUUGGUAUCUUGAAGACUCAAUUCCCUGAUGUCCCCAUGAUUGCUCUCACGGCAACAGCAACCAAGAAAGUUCAGGCAGAUUUGAUGGAGAUGCUGCAUAUAACAAAAUGUGUCAAGUUUGUCAGCACAGUGAACAGGCCUAAUCUCUUUUACUUGGUAAGAGAAAAAUCAUCUGUUGGGAAGGUAGUUAUAGAUGAAAUUGCUGAAUAUGUGCGACUAUCUUACCCAAAUAAUGAAUCUGGAAUAGUUUAUUGCUUCUCCAGAAGGGAAUGCGAGCAGGUUGCUAAAGAAUUGCGCGAACAAGGAAUUUCUGCUGAUUUUUAUCAUGCAGAUAUGGAUGCAGAUGCCCGGCAGAAAGUUCAUUCCCGGUGGAGCAAGGGAAAGUUACAGGUCAUUGUAGGAACAGUGGCUUUUGGCAUGGGAAUCAACAAACCAGAUGUCAGGUUUGUCAUCCAUCACAGUUUGGGCAAAUCCAUGGAGACAUAUUAUCAGGAAAGUGGACGAGCUGGGAGAGAUGGACUGCCAUCUGAGUGUGUGCUGUACUUCAGACCUGGUGAUGUUCCAAGGCAGAGCUCAAUGGUCUUCUACGAGAAUGCUGGAUUACAAAACCUCUAUGAUAUAGUACGCUACUGUCAGUCCAAGCGUGAAUGUCGUCGAAGUGCAUUUUUCCGACAUUUUGCCGAGCCACUUCAAGAUUGUAAUGGAAUGUGCGACAACUGUGCCUUCUCCACUGAGGUCCAUGAAUUGGAUGUUUCUGCUCAUUCAAAAAUCAUAAUAUCCUUAUUGCAAGAGUUUCAAGAAAAUGAUCAAAGAGUUACAAUGUUGCAACUAGUGGACAAGUUGAAGGCUAAGCUAAAGGGAGUCGAUCCUGAAAUAAAGAGAGAUGAAAUAGAGCAACUUGUUAUUCAGCUGAUUGUGGACCGUGUAUUGAAAGAGGAAUUCCAGCAUACUGCUUACACCACAAAUGCGUACGUGACGGUUGGACUGCUAUCAAAGUAUGUGUUGCAUGGUAAGAAAGUUAUUAAGCUUGAGGUUUCCAGUGAACAAAAAGGUAGCUCAAGCAUUAUGAAACAUAAAGUACGUACCCAAUUAUGCGGGUUGGAGUUAAAGCUUGAUGAGCUGCGGAAAGAUCUUGCCUCUAGUGAUGGGGGGAUAUUUCCUCACUCCAUUUUGUCCACCCAACAGAUUACCACCCUGAGUGAUCAAAGACCUAAAUCACUCCAACAGUUGGAGAAGGUCAUUGGGAAGCUGAAGACUGAUAAAUAUGGCCUCAGAAUUCUCAAGGAAAUCGAAGCUUACGAGGUGGACAACCCGACUGACAAUGCAGCAGAUGACAGCAAAAAUGAAAGAGCUUCGAAAAGAUUGAAAACGAGGAAAAACUGUGUCAUCAUAGAGAGUAGCGAAGAAGAAGCAUGA